AUGACAAUGCUUAUAUGGAAUGUUCGUAGCAUGAAUAAUGUGGGAAGGAGAAGAGAUAUUAAAAGACACAUUCAUUCUUUGAAACCAAAUGUUGUUGGUUUGUUAGAGACUAAAGUAAAAUCAGCUAAAGCAUACAGAAUUACAAAAUGUAUUCCAUCUCACUGGUCAUAUUGCAACAACUAUACUGCUUCAAAUAAAGGGAGAAUAUGGGUAGCAUGGGAUGCUGAUGUGUGGAAUGGGACAGUGAUAUCAGUUACUCUUCAGCAGAUUACCAUUAAACUGCAAAACAUUGGAGGUUUCUCUAUGAUGUUGGGUGUAAUAUAUGGUGAGAACUCAGAACAAAUUAGAUCUUCUUUAUGGACUGAUAUUAGAAAUAUCUCUGCUCAGCUUAAUAAUCUGCCAUGGUUACUUGUGGGAGAUUUCAAUGUUUGUAGAUUCACUUCAGAGAAAAUUGGAGGAAUUAAAUUGAAUGCUAAAAAGCUUAAAGAAUUCAAUGACUGUCUUCAGAUUUGUGGUCUUUCUGAUAUCAAAAGUACUGGUUCUUCUUGGACAUGGCAUAACAAUCAGGAAGGAAUAGGCAGAAUUUAUGGCAAAUUGGAUAGAGCUCUGGGUAAUUCAAAAUUAUUUGAUAAAUUCCCUCAAGCUUAUAUAGAGUAUAAAUGUACCUCUUCUAGUGAUCAUACUCCAACAGUUGUUCAACUUGUGCCCCUUACCCAUACAGGACCUAAACCUUUCAAGUUCUUUAACUUUUGGACACAAUGUAAAGGAUAUGAGGAGGUAGUUAAUAAAGUAUGGGUCAAUCAAAUAGCUGGCUUUCCUAUGUUUGUGUUGGUUUCCAAGCUCAAAUUCCUUAAAGUUGCUCUGAAACAAUGGAAUAAACAGGCUGAUUCUUCACCUAAAGCUAAUAUCAUCAAAUUAUCUAACCAACUGAAUAUCAUUCAAACUAUGUUAAAUCAGGAUAUGGAUAAUGUGGAACUACAAGCUACAGAAUCUACAUUGAAUUUUGAGCUUAAUGGUUGGUUAGAUAAGGAAGAGAUGGAAUUGAGACAGAAGAGUAGACAGUUAUGGUUACAGCAAGGGGACAGAAACUCUGUUUUCUUCUAUAACUCUAUAAAACAUAGGAUCUCUACAAACAGUAUCAGGUAUCUUAUUGAUCAAAAUGGAUCCCCUACUUCUUCUGUUGAAAACAUGAAGCUCGUUGCUCCCAAGUUUUAUGAAGAACUUUUUAAUCAAUCUUCCUAUUGGAAUGUUUUCCCUAAAAUGACAGUGAAGAAAAUCCUUACAGAUGAAGCCAAACAAUGA